CACAGUGGAGUUUACUUUAUGUAAGAGCCACAGCCACAGCCACCAACGUGCUCAAUUGCUUUAACAAUAAACUACAAUUGUAAUAAAUAAAUAAAAGAGAAAUCUGGUACAGAAUAAAUAUGAACAAGAACAGGAAGGCGCUCUCUAUUUUGAUGCGCACCAGAAUGCGCCCACCUUCCCCCUCUAGUUCCACCAGCAGAAUAAAUCACAUGCAGUUUCCGCCGUUGGAUGGAGUUUCUUCUUCUUCUUCUCAGGAUGCCUCCGCCAGUUUCCACACAGACUUUGAGCGAGUGCGAGAGUCGAUGCACUCGGCCAUAUCAAUGAACAAGACAGAGAUUCUAGAUGCUGCACUGGAUGAUUUCUCUGAGGGUUAUUUUGGCCUUCCCAAUGAAGAUCGCAGGAUGUUGCUGCUGACACUUGCUAGAGAAUAUGAUCUCAACCGGAUACAAGUUCGUGAGUUGAUGAAGCAGUAUCUCGGGCUUGAGCUUCCAAGUGGUGAUAAGGCUGUGGAAAAUGCACAUGAAGAGGAAGGAUCUUUUUCUGCUUUCUAUAGGAUUGAGCGGAAUUUGAGGCAUUCUCUCAAGCCAAUGUAUGAAGUGCUUUUUGAACGGUUGAACACGCACCCUGGAGGACUGAGAUUCUUGUCAAUUAUGAGAGCAGAUAUACUAUCUUUUCUCGCGGAGGAGAAUAUUCCGUCAUUGAGGGCACUUGACUCUUACUUGAAAGAGAAGCUUAUUACAUGGCUUAGUCCUGCAAACCUUCAGCUUCACCACAUAACAUGGGAUGAUUCAGCUUCUUUGUUGGAGAAGAUUGUGGCAUAUGAAGCAGUGCAUCCGAUCAGCAAUCUUUUAGAUCUGAAGCGAAGGCUGGGUGUAGGACGGCGUUGUUUUGGAUAUUUACACCCUGCAAUUCCAGGUGAACCAUUGAUAUUUAUUGAAGUUGCACUCAUGAAGACUGUGGCUCAAACAAUACAGGAAGUUCUAUGGGAUGAUCCUCCCACACCUGAAAGUGAGGCGACAUGUGCACUCUUUUAUUCCAUAUCUUCCACUCAGCCUGGUUUAUCUGGAAUCAACCUGGGAAAGUUUCUUAUUAAACGUGUGAUUGAUGUGGUGAGAAGGGACAUGCCAGGAAUAUCUACAUUUGCAACACUUAGUCCUCUACCAGGUUACAUGCAAUGGCUUUUGUCAAAGUUGGCAUCAGUCGAGAGAUCUGGUUCCACUUUCAGUGAAAACUUGCUGAAACCAGAAGAAGAAAGUGCACUCUUAGAAGCAGCCGAAGAAUUUGCCACUGGGAAAAACGGUACGGAAGUAAUCCGGAACCUGUUGUCCUCAACCAGUUAUGAGUGGACGAAGUCAGAAAAGUUGUCACUUGUGUUGAAAACCCCUUUAAUGAGGCUCUGUGCAAGGUACCUUCUUCAAGAAAAGAAGAGAGGAAAGGCUCUGGAUUCUGUUGGAAAUUUUCACCUACAAAAUGGAGCGAUGAUUGGACGAAUUAAUUGGAUGGCUGAUCGAUCUGAGAAAGGGCUAAGGCAAAGUGCUGGAUUAAUGGUCAACUACAUUUACAAGGUGGAUCACAUCGAGGAAAAUGCUCAGUCAUACUUUAGUAAAGGGGAAAUCCAAGCUUCGGAUGAAGUCAGAGCCUACCUUGAGCCACAGGAAGAUAUCCAAGAAGAAAUGAAGGAUUAGAUGGUUUACGGGUAUAACCUUCUUCAUGCAAAGCAGCACAAUCCAACUAUCAUUACUAAAUUGAUGCCGUUUGAAAAUACAUCUUCUGUGGUUCGUUUUUAGUUGAUUAGAACUCGUACAUAUACAAUAAUAGCUUCACCUGCUUUGACAAGGCAUUCAUCGCACAUACUUCUGUUGGUUCCUUGACAUUAUCUCAAUCAUGAACAGUAAUAAAAAGUGUAUCUGAUUAACUGUACUUUGCUCCUUAACUUGAAAUGUGAAUUAUACACCUUUCUUUGGUCUA